AUGAACCGCAGCCGCACUAGCAGCACCUCGGAAAAGGCGACACUAGCCUUGCUCUGGGGCUGUGAGCUAAACCAGGAGAAGCCGACUUGGACCUUCAAACCCCAGAAGGUGGGGAAGCAAGACUGUAUGCUGUUGCUUAGUACGAUUUGCCUGGGGGAGAAAGCCAAAGAGGAGAUGAACCUCGUGGAGAUCCUGCCCCCAGCAAGCCAGGACGACAAGAAGAGGAAGCCCAUCAUCCUGGCCUCACUUCGGGCCUCCGUCCUCCCCAUGGUCGUCCUGGCAAGAUUGGAGCUUUCUCCUCCGGUCACAUUCCAGCUCCGGGCUGGCUCUGGACCCGUGUUCCUCUGUGGCCAGGAAUGUUAUGAGGCCCUGCCCACCUCCCACACCAUCACUGACACUUCAGACCAAUCCUGGGAGGAAGAGGAGGAGGAGGACGUGGAGGAGGAGGACGUGGAGGAGGAGGAGGAGGAAGAAGAUGAUGAUGAUGAAGAUGUGUCCCUGGAGGAGUCCCCUGUCAAACAAGUCAAGAGGCUGGCGCCCCAGAAGCAGACAAGCGUUGCCAAGAAAAAAAAGGUGGAAAAAGAGGAGGCGGCAGUGAGACACCGCCUUAAAGACAGGAGCCCUCUGGGAAAGGCCAAAACCACACCCAGACCCAAAAAGCCGGGAUUCAAGAAAUGAGGAGCCAGGAGUGGCCUGGCCGCAGCGACCGAGGGAGGGCGCAUGAGACCACCUUGCUGUGUCUGAAUGUGACGGACGUGCUGAGGGCGACACAAGAGCCCCUCACCCCAUCUCUCGGUUUCAGCAGGACCUGGAGGGAAGAGCCCCGACUUCAG